AAAAUCCUCCCUUUCCCGUCGUGCCUUGGGCUACGGGGCUCGGAGUGGACCAGGAAGUUCCGGGUGGAGUUCCGGGUGCCAACAAGUCUUCUGAGUGGAAUCAUGGCCGCGCUCUGUCUCUUCGACGUGGAUGGGACCCUGACUGCCCCGCGGCAGAAAAUUGCAAAAGAAAUGGAUGACUUUCUACAAAAAUUGAGGCAGAAGACCAAAAUUGGAGUGGUAGGUGGGUCAGAUUUUGAGAAAGUGCAAGAGCAACUGGGAAAUGAUGUGGUUGAGAAGUACGAUUAUGUGUUUCCAGAGAAUGGCUUGGUGGCAUACAAAGAUGGGAAGCUUUUAUGUAAGCAGAGUAUUCAAGGUCAUCUGGGGGAGGCAGUGAUCCAAGACCUGAUCAACUACUGUCUGAGCUACAUUGCAAAAAUUAAACUCCCUAAGAAAAGGGGAACUUUCAUUGAAUUCCGAAAUGGCAUGUUGAAUGUGUCACCUAUUGGAAGAAGCUGCAGCCAAGAAGAACGAAUUGAGUUCUACGAACUUGAUAAAAAAGAAAAUAUACGACAAAAAUUCGUGGCAGACCUGAAGAAGGAGUUUGCAGGGAAAGGCCUCACAUUCUCCAUAGGUGGCCAAAUCAGCUUUGACGUCUUUCCUGAUGGGUGGGACAAGCGGUAUUGUCUGAAACACCUAGAGCAUGAUGGUUACAAAACCAUUUAUUUCUUUGGAGACAAGACUAUGCCGGGUGGCAAUGACCAUGAGAUCUUCACAGACCCCAGAACCGUGGGCUACACAGUGACAGCACCCGAGGACACACGCAGGAUCUGCGAGGAGCUCUUCUCUUAACACCAGAGGAAUGGGGUCCUGGCCAACAAGACUGAAAGGUCCCUCGUGGUCAGGGGUCACUUAGGGCCAGAGCUGGAGUCCCUCCUCACGUGCAUAUGCCCCUAGUCUGCAGUCAGGCUGUUCUCAUGGGUCCAAACACAGGGACUAGAGGUCACCUCACUGAGCAUGCCAAUAGGCCACGCCUCCACCUCCAUCUAGCACCACCAGCUAGAUCAGAACUUGAUCAGAAAUGGCUGUGGCUGGGUGGGGUGGCCUGGAAUCUGUAUUCAGGAAGCUGAGGCAGGAGCAUUGCCACCAAUCGGAGGCCAUUCUGAGGUACAGAAUUAGACCCUGUCUCAGACAGAUUGGUGGCUCUGGGGUUGGGGGCAUUACUCAAAGAACGCCUGCCUACCAUGGGUGAGUUCCUUGAUUGGCUCCCUUGAUUGGCUCCUUGAUUUAGGUACCUCAGAAACAGAAGUAUUCCACCAUUCCCUUCCCCCAGCCCAUGGUCUAAGAGCUGGCUGAUAGGAUACAUGCUGGUCUUUGAAAUUUCCCCAUAUGAUACAGGAAAAAAGGUGUACCUGGGCCCCUUCCCCUUUGUGGAAUGUCUUCUGGCAGUGGUGGGUUGGGGGAGGGCUCUAUUUGGAGACAUGGUCUUACUAUGUAGCCCUAGACCAGCCUGACUUUAAGCUCCUUACAAGUGCAGAUUACAUGCACCAACACCAGCCAAGAUUUCACAGAGACUUGACAAUUGUCACUGUGCAGGGAGACCUGACAGUUGUCAGUGUGCAAACCUGUCUCACUAUCAAAAGGGGGACCUGAUGAUGAAAAAACAAAAGCCAUCCACAGUUGCCCACCUGGGACAAAACUGAAGACUUUUGUGAUGUACUCCCAGUCUAUGGUGGAGGCUGGGACAUGAACCAAGGCCAGUGUUCUACCAAAGGGCUGAUGUUUUCAAGCCAGCUUCCUGUCAAAGAGCCACAGACCACAGCUUGGCCUGCCUGACAGAUAGCUGGCCAAGUGACACUGAUCCCAGUUUGCACCUCUAAUGGCCUGGCUGGCUCUGUUUACUACGUUUUACAGCAAGACUGCUCUCCUGUCACCAGCAGGAUGGGGGAUGGAGGACCCAGCAAAGCAAAACGCUGUCUGCAGUCCUUACCCCCAGGCUGCCUUCCCCAGGUAAUAGUCAGAUGGCCACAGCCACAGGAGCUGCCACUCCUUCAGCCUCUUCCUGGAGAGUGCACAGGCCUCGUCCAAAACCUCGGGGAGAGCCUUCUAAGAAGGUCCCCAGGUCACUUUCCAGUGCUUUGUAAACGGUUCUGCAGCCUGGCUCCUUGUCGGGAGCCCCUGCCGCCCUUUCCUCCCUCCAGCCACCAUGUACUCCCACUGCCCUGCCCUUGGUACCCACACUGACACCUGCUGCUGACCCCUUCACCUCUGUCCUCCCCCACAGGACAGUGCAAGGACCUCCACCCAGAGGCAACCGUUUUGCUGUGAUCAUUUGCCCAAGGAAACACAUUAAAGGGACUGCCCCUCA